GUUCCCCUCCUUAAAUUCUUCACUUCACUCCUCCCAAAAUUCCGCCCCCAUCAACCUAUACUAGUCUCUCUCUCUCUUCAUCAACAAUGGAUGAAGAAACGGGGGGAAAACCAAUCAUGGCGAAACCGUCUGGUUCCUUAUUCCGAUACAACUCGCCUCUGGUUCAAGUCAUCCUCAUCGGGCUAGUCUGUUUCUGUUGCCCGGGCAUGUACGGCGCCCUAUCCGGAAUGGGCGGCGGGGGGCAGGUAGACCCCACGGCGGCCAACAACGCCAACACCGCCCUCUACACCAUCUUCGCCGUCUUCGGCGUGCUCGGCGGCGGUAUCUAUAACAUCCUCGGCCCGCGGGCCACCCUCUUCGCCGGCUGCUCCACCUACGUCCCCUACGCCGGCUCGUUCCUGUACUAUAAUCACUACCAGCACCAGUCCUUCGCCAUCGUCGCCGGCGCGAUCCUCGGCGUCGGCGCCGGACUCCUCUGGGCCGGCCAAGGCGCGAUGAUGACGUCCUACCCGCCGCCCGAUCGAAAGGGCAUUUAUAUCUCUCUGUUCUGGAGCAUUUUCAAUUUGGGUGGUGUUAUCGGUGGAUUAAUCCCUUUCAUUCUGAAUUACAGCAGAGGCGAAAACGCCGCCUCCGUCAACGACGGCACUUAUAUCGGGUUCAUGGUUUUCAUGUCCAUAGGUACUGUUCUUACACUAGCCAUACUCCACCCGAGGAAGGUCGUCCGAGACGAUGGGUCCAGUUGCACUAACAUCAAGUACUCCAGCGUAUCAGUCGAAGCUGUUGAAAUCUUGAAAUUGUUUCUCAAUUGGAAGAUGCUUUUGAUGGUCCCCGCCGCCUGGGCUGGUAACUUCUUCUACAGCUACCAGUUUAAUAACGUGAAUGGUGCUUUGUUCGAUUUAAGAACUAGAGGGUUAAACAAUGUGUUCUACUGGGGUGCCCAGAUGAUUGGCUCUGUGAUGAUAGGGUACCUAAUGGACUUCAGUUUUAAGAGCAGAAGGAUGAGGGGACUUGUGGGGAUUGGAGUUGUUGCCUUGCUUGGGACUGGGAUCUGGGGUGGUGGACUUGCAAAUCAGCUCAGGUACUCUCGCAAUGAUAAGCCUACGAGGCUUGAUUUCAAGGACUCUGGGUCUGCUUUUGCGGGGCCAUUCGUCUUGUAUUUCUCAUAUGCAUUUCUGGAUGCCAUGUUCCAGAGCAUGAUUUACUGGGUCAUUGGAGCAUUAGCCGACGAUUCUGAGACCCUCAGCAGGUAUACCGGAUUCUAUAAGGGAGUGCAGAGUGCGGGGGCAGCAGUUUCUUGGCAAGUUGAUUCACACAAGGUGCCAUAUUUGAACCAGCUGAUUGCGAAUUGGGUAAUGACUACAGUGAGCUAUCCAUUGUUGGCGGCUCUCGUCCUGUUGGCGGUUAAAGAUGACCAUAAGGUUGAGGGAGAAGCGAAUUCCAAAGGGGCGGAUUUUUCACCCGCCAUUCCUGCUUCCUUAGAUGAGAAAUGAUGGUGGGCUUAGCAAGUCCACUUAAAGAAACCUAUUCUUUCUUCUCGUCUUUGAGUUCUCCCAUUUACCUGUAUUGUCGUUGAAAGUUGGAUUUUCAUAUAAACUGUAAAUGUAGCGCGUAAGAAAGCUCGCAGUGUAUCAAAGUGAUUGGAAAAUACAUGCUCGUUACUCUUGAAAUCUUUCUAACAAAUCUUCAAUUUAUAAGUUCUGUACUUCUGUUUCUAA